GUACAUCUUCUUCUGGAACAUCCCGAUCGAAUGCAAAUGGUGCGCCCAGUUUAACUGCCUGCCAUUUUUGAACAUUCUCAUCGGCGACCAGCACUUUUGCGACAAUCAGGGGCUCGAGCUCGAGAAUAUACUGCCAAUU